AUGGUCGGCGCGCGCGGCGGCAUCGCCGCGAACCGCAGCUCGCGGAUCCUGCUGUUCGAGCUCACGCCCGGCAACGACGAGGCGGACGACCCCGGGAACCCCGCGGAGGCGUUCCGCCUCGCGCACCUCUCCAUCGUGCACAAGGACGAGGUGUCUUCGAUGAUCAGCAGCUGGGACCACAUCACCGCGGAGCGCGCGCGCAGAAAGGAGUGGUUCCGCAGGAAGAUGCCGCCUACGGAAACAGUCCUCGACGUCAUGCCCGCCGUGUCAAGAAUUGCGGGCACGAACUGUGUGUCGACGCACUACUACCCGAUCCUGGCGCUGCGGUGCGGGACGACGGCGGCGCUCCCGGACUGUGUGUGCGUGGUGUUCGAAGACGUCGUCGAGAUGUGCAUGAUCACGAUGAACGCGGGCCUGGCGCUGCGGCGGGGCGAGUGUACGGGGUGUGGGCACUGCCGCCCCGAGCCGAUCAUGGGGAAGAUGGUGAAGCGGAAGAAGAAGUGGGAGUGGGAGCAGAUGGGCGGGUUCGACUGGGCGUUCAUAGACGAAGUCGGCGCCCAUCCGGAAUCGGGCUUCAAGCCGGACAAGGUGUGGGCGUUUUACUAUGCAGUGUAG